ACAAUCCCCAUCCAUUAAUCAAUGUCCUUGAAAACAGACCUGAUUGCUGGCCAGUUCUACUGCAGCAGAUAACAGUAUUUUUCCAUCAGUGUCCAGAGAGGGCACAGAGUUCGUGUGUUGGCAUAAUGGCUCCAUUUCUAAGAUACCUGUAUUGUGAACCAUCUCAGUUGCGUGAAUAUGCUGAACUGCGAAUGAGUUUACUUAAGAUCUUACUUCAGCCUCAUGGUCCAAAGCAUGAAGAAGCACCCUCCAUUAUGGAACGCCAGAUUCUUCAACUUCUGUGGGAUUUGAUUCCACACCUUCAGCUUAAAGACUUGCUGCAAGUUACAGAAGCCUCAUUCUUUCUGCAAGAGCUAUUCCUUGGCCUACUGCGCUAUCCUGUGUUUUGGAAAGUUCAGUUAUCCCAGUUUUGUAUGCAACUGUUAUGCUUCUGUGAAGUAUCUUUAAAUGUAACGGGAGAAUGCUCAUCUUUGAUCUCCCUAAUAGAGGACAACUUUGAGGUCUUAAAAGAGGUAUUUCCAGUGGAACAGUGUGUAAUUGGGCUAGCACUUCUACUGCUGCAAACACCAGAAAGUCAGCAGAAGUCUGUCUUGAGUUUAGAAACCCAGAACAUCUCAACCACAGCCCUCACUUUGGUGAUGCCUGUGCUGCAGAUCUUAACUUCUACAACAGUUGGGGACUGCCUAUCAGAGGAUGUUUCUGGAACUACCAGGCAGCAGCUGGCUGUAAAUCUUUUGGGAAUGUUACAGGAGGAAGGUGUGAAGGAUAAAAAGGCAUUG